GAUCAUAGACGCUCCCUCCAGCCUAACCCUUUAUACAAUGGGGGCAGAAAUCGACACCGAGACCAGUGCACAUUUGCAAGGAAUCAAGUAUCAGGAGUAACACACAUAGAGGCUUUCAGAUGUAGGACAAGCCGAAGGCACUAGAUGAGAUGAUAGUCCACGAUGACACCUCGGGCACUCAGCUGUCAAUGUCACAAACACAACAAACACCACAAACAGAAACAUAACCAACAAACCAAACAAACACAUCCGGCGCAUCCACUGCAUCCGACGGAGCUUCUUCUUCUCCCCAUCAGGACAGACAACACACGACCAGAUCAAUCCCACAAAGUCGGGCACAGCCCAUCCAGGGACCGACACCACCAGAAACAGCAGCCGCAGCAAUGCCUCAAUCCGCCUCCGCCACCUCCUCCGUGGCCGCAAGCCCCCCCGCAACCCCAACAACCUCGUCAUCCACAGGAGGGGGGGGCCCUCUAGGAGGGCCAGCACCGCCCAAGACCGCACCGCCGACGCCCAUCCAGCCCACCCAAUUCGCGCGGGUCUACGCCUCCGCCCACCCGCUGCUUCUCCUCGGACUGCUCGCAUGGCGUUUCCCGGCUCUGGUCGCCGACCCGGUCGCUGAAAUGACGAGUGUCGUGCCGUUUCUCGCUGCACUGCAGACUUUCUUCGUUAUGACGGUGCUUCCUCCCGCCGGAUCCGCGCCUGCCACUUUGACCCCGGCAACAACGACAAUCGGUAAAGAGGACCGUCUGGAAGAAAAGGAGAAAGACUCUGCUGUGCCCCGUUCGGAAAUCAUCAAGCCGAAUAAGGGUCCCUAUCGUCGCAAGGCGCCCUUUGCGUCGUCUUCGUCGUCUGCGUCGCCUGUCUUGGCCGUUGGGAGAGCUUUAACCACCCGAUUGACCCCAACCCUAAUCAGCCUCUUCCUAACAACCUUCCUCGCCACGCCCGCCCUCGCCCUCCUCCUCAUCCUCUUCGGCGCCCCCCUGACAACCCACAACGCCCAAACCCUCCUCUGCGCCGCCCACAUGGCCGUUCUAACCGCCAUCCCACUCGUCUACGUCCACGGCGUCGACAGCACCGUCUGGAAAGACGUGUGGGGGUUCGCUCGCCCGGGCGAUCUCGUCUGGGGCGGGGCGCUGGGCGCUUGUGUGGGUGCUUGGUUGGGUGCGGUGCCCAUUCCGCUUGAUUGGGACCGCCCAUGGCAAGCCUUCCCGAUCACCAUCCUCGUCGGCGCAUACCUCGGCUACGCGGUGGGGUGUAUCCUCGGCCGGACGUGCCUGUUUGGCAGCGUGCUUGAUUUGUCGGAGUCGGAGGGUGUCGCGGAUGGGGAUGUUGAUGCGGAGAAGAAAAAUGAAUGAAUAGGUCAUUCGUUCCCUGCAUUCCUUCCAUUCCAUUUAUUAACUUCACUUAUUUUACAAGGUGUAUAUGUAUGUCUAGUCGUUUUGUUCCAUUUUACUUCUUUAUAUUAUAUUAUAUUAGAUACCCUUGUUUGUGCGAUGAGGG